AUGUCGGAAGAAAAAAUAUUUAUUGAGAAAUUUGGCGAGAAGUAUUACUGUCUUCGACAAAGAAAAAACAUUCAGAGCCAAUCUCCCAAAAAGAAAACAGCUGAUUCUUCGAACGGCAUUAAUACAUCUGGAAAUUGCAGUAGAAAAAAGGAAACAUUAAAUAAUAAAAAAAUUGUGAGACCCCAUCAGUUGGAGGAUGAAGAAAAUGAACUUUACAAAUCUGUAGACAAAUUGGAGAACAUGGUGCAUUUUAAGGUGUCCAAAAUUAAACAAUUCAAGCCACCCGCUGACAAAAAAGCAUAUUUCGAAACAAGAUUACAGGAAUUUAUAAGAAUUAAUAAAUUAGCCAUGGGUAUCUUAGACGAAAUACAAUAUUCGACCGAUGUGGUAUAUGAUUUAAAAAUGGUAAAAAUAAUAUUUAACCAUAAUCUCACACAACUUCAGUGCAUUGAGGAUGAACAAAAAUAUUUAUUGCAAAGGGCGAAGAAGAGAAAAUUCAGUCGUAUGAACAGAUUUUUAAGAUUAUUAAUAUGCCCUUGUUGUUCGUGA